UAGUGUAAAAACGAACUUUGAGUAGAUUUUAACAUUAUUAUUCAGUUACGGUUCCCAGAGCUCUAUGCGCGCCUUAAUGGCGUCCCUCUGAGGGAGGAGAAUUUGGUACAGAACGUUUAUCAGCAUCGGAAGACUUAAAAUGAGUGCAGAACAAUCUAUAGCUUCAGCUAGAGCCUCAGUCAUGGUCUAUGAUGACCUUAACCGACGAUGGCUACCUAGUGGAUCAUCUAGUGGACUUUCUAAAGUCCAUAUUUAUCAGCAUGUGGUUAACAACACGUUUAGAGUUGUUGGACGUAAGUUGCAGGACCAUGAAGUAGUAAUUAAUUGUGCCAUUCUAAAAGGUUUGAAGUACAAUAAAGCAACUCCAACAUUUCAUCAAUGGCGAGAUAACCGUCAGGUCUAUGGUCUCAAUUUCAGCAGCAAAGAUGAUGCAUAUGCUUUUGCACAAACUAUGUCCAAGACCUUGGAGGUUCUUGAUCAAAAUAAUUCCACACUUCCAAGACCAUCUCAGCCACCUGUAGUGCCUCAGCAUUAUCAACAACAGCAACAACAACCAAUAUACCAACAGCAACAACAACCAGUAUACCAACAACAACAACCAAUAUACCAACAGCAGCAACAACCAGUCUAUCAGCAAAUAGGCCAACCAGCACAGAAUCACACUGGAGAAGGAGUUGGUUUGACGCGAGAUGAAUCGGGAGGGGAGAGAAGACAGUCUGCUGUCCAGUAUGCAACAAGUACAGUUGGAGGCUAUGCUAGUACCAGUCAUUCAGUCAGUUCAGGAAACGCAUCACCUAGUGGUUCUGGCCAUCAUCGUUCACCCUCUGCUCCUAUGUCAACACCACCUCCAGCUCCUCCUCCUCCUCUCAUGCCAUCUCAAACAGUUGUUCCUCCACCCCCACCACCUCCUCCAUUAGGGCAAGUGGCUCCCCCAGCACCACCUCCGCUUCCUUUGGGAGGAUCACAAACACUUCCUCGACAAGGAUCUUCUAAUACUGCCCCCAUUUCAUUAGCUGCUGCACUUCAGACAGCAAAAUUGAGAACAACGCAGCCAAAGGUUUCUGAAAAUGAACCAAAUCGACCUGCUCCAGCUGGACUAAUGGAUGAAAUGACUAAAACACUAGCCAGAAGAAGAGCACAAGUAGAGAAUAAUCCAAAUAGUCAAGAUGGAGAAGCUACUACACCAAGUUCAGAAGGAAAGAGAUCCUGGGAACGACAGAGUUCUUUUAAUGGUUUCAGCCCUGGGUUAGGUAGCAGUUCAGAGUCUCCCAUACAUGGUCGUAGUAGAAGUUUGCAAGAGUCACUCGGAGAUGGAGAUAUGAGUAGAGCUUAUGGAAUCGACUCAGUGGAUGUAGACAAACUGAAACAGGAAAUACUGACUGAAAUUAGAAAGGAUAUUAACAAAAUGAAACAAGAGAUAAUUGAAGUCAUCAGACAAGAAUUCAACAGAAGAUAGAUACAACAUAUCCAGAAGUGGUUGAACCAAACUUCUCAUGUGGGAACACCAUGUCCACUACUGCUUCUUAAACAUAAAAUUUGUUUGUAAGUAAUAAAUGAUAUCAGUCAUACAGAUUGUAAACUGCCUUGUAUGAUGGAAAACAAUCUUAUUUCAAGCUCUUGUUUUCAUGAAGUCAUGCAAGGCACUGUAUAUGUAUAUUAUUUUCAGAAUUGGAGAGUUUCAAUGGAACAUAGUGGCAUGUAAUUUAUUUGAAUUGAAAGAAUAAUCAAAUGGUUCUGUGUUUAAUAUGAUAUUGGUAUUUGGUGACUUGUUCAAACAUUAUACAUGAAAAUUAAGAAGUUUUCUUCUAAUGUUAAACUUCAUGGUUUCUUGCUGAAUAUUCUGUUUUUAUUUCACCAGUUUUUUAUAAUGGUGCUUUGGCAUAAAAUUUAAUAACUCAUACAUUGGAGACCAUAUAUUUCUUUGUAAACUUAUUAUCAACCAGACAGUUUCUGUAGAUUUGUUAGGAAAUGGAAUGUAAGUUUUUUAUCAGGAGAUAUUGUUCUUUGUGGAAAAAAUGCAUAAAUCCAAAAACCAAAGACCCAAGCUGUUUAACAAAUGUUUCUGCAAAUGAAAGCAACUGAAAAAGUAUAUAUAUAUAUAUAUAUAUUUAUAUUACAGUUAUCUUUGAAGCAUUUGAUUAUUUACUAGAUAUUUUCUUAAGUUAUACUUAUUUUAAAGUUUUAGUUUGUCACUGUGUAAUUUGACUCUUUUAUUUCACAGUAUGGAGAUGGUGAAUUCUGAUUCUAAAGAUUUUUAUAUAAAAAUUAGAUUAAAAAAUUUUUGG